AUGAGCUAUCCCCUCUUUACAGAUAUUACCAAGGAAGAGGCAAUCUCACGUCUUCCCUUCAAUUCUGAUAUUCAUGAUUGUGUCCCCAUUGGUCCUUCUGACAACCCGGACUAUUCCCUGAUAUACAGGAACAAAGUGUUGCCUAGUCGUUUAAUCAAUACUAUUCAUGCCGAUUUAGAUACUCACCACAAAUUGUUUAAUAAUGCAGUUGAAUUGUUUAGUGAUAGACCAUGUCUUGGUGCCAGGGUGUAUGAUUAUAAGAAGAAGAAAUCAGGAGGUAAAUUUGAAUAUUUGACAUAUGGUCAAGUUCGUGAAAAGCAAUUAAAUCUUGGGGCUGGGUUCAUUCACACCCUUUUAAACAACCCAUUCAAGAACAGUGAAUUAGAAUCUCACCGUAAGAUUGACCGUCAUUUAUCCGAUUGGAACACUUAUGGAAUAGAUACUACUCCUUUGGAAAACACCAAUGGUCAAAUUGAACACAGUUGCUCGUUUAUCUUGAGUAUUUUCAGUAUGAACCGUGUAGAAUGGAUGUUGACUGACUUGGCAUGCUCGGCCUAUUCAAUCACUAACACGGCAUUGUAUGAUACUUUGGGUGCCGAUGUUACCCAAUAUCUUUUAGAAUUGACCAAUUCGCCAAUUGUUGUAUGUUCAAUGGAUAAGAUUGACCUUCUUUUAGAUUUGAAGGCAAAGCAUCAGCUUGAAAGUCUUAUUUCGGUUGUUUCCAUGGAUCCAUACGAGUUGAUUCCCCAGAAGACAAUUGAACGAGCAUACUCUUUGAAAGUAGUGAUUAAAGACUUGUCCCAGAUUGAAGAGAUUGGGGCAAAAAACCCUAUCGCUGAAUUACCACCCUCGCCACAAACACUUUAUACCAUAUCCUUUACUUCAGGUACAACUGGAUCUCGUCCAAAAGGUGCCAUGAUAUCCCACCAGAACGCAGCCGCAUAUGCCUCGUUCCUUAUGUGCUUUGAACCGCAAGCUUCACCUGGUCAAGAUACAGCAUUUGUUUUUUUGCCAUUGACGCAUAUUUACGAGAGGGAAACAUCCACUUUUGCCUUGUGUACUGGUUAUUACUUGGGGUUUCCGCAACUUACAGUGGGCAAAACUGGGGUGAACACGUUUGAAAAUUUAAUUGAUGAUUUACGGAUCUUCAAACCUACUUAUUUCUCAAUUGUACCCAGAAUAUUAACACGAUUGGAAGCAUUAGUCAAGAGUAAAAUCAAUGAGCUUUCACAAGGCGAGCAAACCCAAGUCAACAAUAUCAUCAACUACAAAAUCACUACGCAGGCUCAAGCAGAUGGUGCCACGGCAUAUCACUCUAAAAUGGACAACUAUGCUCCCUACAAGGCCCUUAGGUCCUUUGUCGGAUUUGACAAUUUGAAAUGGGUGCAAACUGCCAGUGCGCCAAUUGCUCCUUCAACGUUGAUCUACUUAAAAGCAAGCUUAAACAUGGGCAUUAGACAAUUGUACGGGCUUACUGAGGUGGGUGCAGCCAUCACGUGUUCAAGUGCAUACGAAGCCCAUCCGGGGACGUGUGGAAGUAUUUCCCUUUCUGGAGAGUACACUCUUCGUAAUGUCUCAGAGAUGGGGUACGACAUUUCCCGAGGUGAGGGAGAGGUGUUGAUUCGUGGUCCCCAGGUGUUUAAAGGGUAUUACUAUAAUUUAGAGGAGACGAAAAAAACAAUCACGAAGGAUGGCUGGUUUCAUUCGGGUGAUAUUGCCAAGGUUGACGGCUCUGGGCGGUUGAUUAUUGUUGAUCGGGUCAAGAACUUUUUCAAGAUGGCUCAAGGGGAAUAUAUCUCUCCAGAAAAGAUUGAAAACCGAUAUUUGUCUUCGAAUCCAACUAUUGCUCAGCUUUAUGUCCAUGGAAAUUCGUUGAAGCCAUAUUUGGUGGGAAUUGUUGGUAUUGAAUACGACAAGGGUCUUAAGUUCUUAAACUCGGAGUUUGGAUAUGGGAAAAUUGGAAUGUCACCAGAGGAAAUGCUUGUUGAACUCAACAAGAUUGACGUUCGGAAGAAGUUCCUAGAGCAUUUAAACAGGAAUGUCAGAGAUAAGUUGAGUGGGUAUGAACUCUUGCAUAAUAUUCAUAUUGAGAUUAAUCCAUUGACUGUGGAACGCGAUGUUGUGACUCCUACGUUCAAGAUUAGAAGACCGGUGGCCAGUAAGUUUUUUGCUCGUGUAUUUCAUCGAUUGUAUGAAAUUGAGCAAUCGUUGGUUCAUGGGUCUAAGUUAUAG